UUGGUACUGCUUUAUCAUUUACAGGUUCUAAAAAAAGUGCAGAAGGAGUUACUCGCAUAUGGAAACACGCAAAUCAGCAUUUUAGAGUUAAGUCAUCGAUCGAAUGACUUUAAGAAAGUUAUUGAUGAUGCGCAGGCCACUUUGCGAGACAUCCUCAAUAUUCCUGACAACUAUAAAAUCCUGUUCAUGCAAGGAGGCGGUACUGCCAUUUUUGCAGCUAUUCCUCUUAAUAUUAUGAAUACAGGAACUGCUGCGGAUUAUUUAGUAACUGGCUCAUGGUCUGCAAAGGCAGCAAAAGAAGCGGCGAAAUAUGGGAAAGUGAACAUGGUUUUGUCUAAUGUGGCAAAAUACAUAGAAAUUCCGCAUCCCUCCACAUGGAACUUAAACACGAAUGCAUCAUAUGUUUAUUAUUGCGCUAAUGAAACUGUGCACGGAAUUGAAUUUGAUUUUAUCCCGGAAACAAAUGGCAUACCACUUGUUGCUGAUAUGUCAUCUAAUAUACUUACGAAACCUUUCGAGGUAUCUAAGUUUGCAGUAAUUUUUGCUGGCGCACAAAAAAAUAUUGGCCCUGCUGGUGUUACAUUAGUAAUCGUACGAAAUGAUAUACUUGGUCGUGCUAUGGAUGUGUGUCCGACAGUGCUAAAUUUUACUAUCAUGGCAAAUGAUAAUUCUUUGCAUAAUACUCCUCCGGUUUUUCAGUAAGUAUCA